AUGGAAACCAAAGAGGAAGUACCGGUAGUCCAAGAAUUUUGCGAAACCCAUCCCGACGCGAAUGAUCAUCAGCCAUCGGAAGCCGCGCCUUCAGAUAUCACAACGCUUAACCUACUUCAAACUAAUGACCAACACACUCUGAUGAUACGGCCAUUCCAGUCUGUCCUGGAUACGCUGGAUAAGCUGGAGCGCGACGACCCGAGGCUAGCUUUCCAGGCAGCGAGGCUGGUGGGGCUGUUUCGGCGGUUGUGGGAGUCUUGUGUCACCAAGCAUGUGGACGUGCAGGGACUCGAAAAUACAAAUGCGGCUCUCAGAGCUGAGAAUGUCCAAUUGAGCCAAGAGGAGGGACGGUUGAAAAAGCGCGAGGAAGAACAAGCUACUCGCCUCGCAUCCUUCCAUGAGGGCAUGGAGCACGCCAGAGAACAAAUGCUCGAGGCACUAAAGAACUGGAAUAUGUACGUGUCCAGCGACGUGAGGUUGGCUUCGCAAGAAAUUUCGGCGAAUGAGUUAUGCAGUGGCGCACGACACUGA